AUUAUGCAUGCAAAUAUAAUUGUAUAUAGUUAUUACUACUUAUUGGACCCGAAGAUUGCUAACCUGGUUUCAAAAGAUCUGCCACCUAGCUCGGUUAUCGUUUUCGAUGAGGCGCACAACAUCGACAACGUCUGCAUAGAGUCUAUGAGCUGUGUGAUUUCUCGUCGGUCUCUGGACAAAUGUCAUCAAGGUGUUGAAUUUCUGAGCAAAAGAGUGGCCGAAGUCAAGCAGCAAGACACAAAUCGUCUUAGGGAUGAGUAUAAUAAGUUGGUUCAGGGUCUUCGCGAGGUGUCUGAGGCCAGAGAAACUGAUCAAAUCUUGGCGAAUCCAGGCAAGUCUAUGCUUUAUUACUAA